GAGUCGCGGUAGAAAUACUCACAGCCUCAUCGCCGACCUCCUUUAAUUUGAGCUCAGCCACCGUGGGGUCCGCACUCACCGAAAAAGGGGGAUCUUCUCAUUUCCAGAACCAAGCAAGGGACAGAAGGACACCCGGGCGGAUUUUUUUUUUCACUUCUUUGGGCACCUUCCCCAUCCCGGCGCUGGAUUUUUAACCCCCCACCCCCUACACCUCGAGGUUUUUCUUUUUCGAUUUUCUUUUUGUGUGUGUGUGUGUUGCCGGCAACCUAGAAGAGAAUGGGAGCCCCGUUGUCCAAGGGAGGAGUAGCUGUUGAGGGGAAAGCGGCAGCAGCAGACGCCGACGUCGCCGCGGACCCCGCCGCCGCCAAAGCCAACGGCCAGGAAAACGGCCACGUCAAGACCAACGGCGACGUGUCUGCCAAGCCCGACGGGGAGGCCGCCGCCGAUGGGAACGGGACGGCCGAGCCGGCCAAGGAGGGCGAGAACGGCACGGGCGACGCCAUCGAGCCAGCCCCCGCGGCCGAGGGUGAGGGCGCCAAGCCCGAGGGCGCCAAGGAGGGCAAGAAGAAGAAGAAGUUCUCCCUGAAGAACUCCUUCAAGUUCAAGGGCAUCUCGCUGAAGAAGAACAACAACAAGAAGGGCGGCGAGGAGGCCAAGGAGGAGGCGGCCUCCCCGACGGCCGAGGACAAGCCCGAGGAGAACGGCCACGCGGCCAAGGAGACCAAAGAGGAGACGCCGGCCGCCGAGGCCAAAGUGGAAGAGGCUGCCGCCCCCGCCGCCGCCGAGGCCGCACCCGAAGCAGAGGCCACGGAGGACGCGACUCCGCCGACAGAGGCCGCCGCGCCCGCCGAGGAAGCGGCACCAGCCGCCGCCGCCGCCCCCGUCGAGGAUACGACACCCGCGGCCGCCGAGGGCGAGGCCAAGGCGGAGUGACCUCACCCACCUUUCCUCCCCCCUCCCCCCUCCGCGCCCCUCCCCCUUCCUGCCUCCCGCCGUGGCACCUGAACUGAUUUUCCAAGAUUAAAGUAUAUAGAUAUAUAUAUGAGAGACGCGUGCCACGUUCUUAAAAAGUUAAAAGUUAUAAACACAACUAGGAAAGAAGACAACGGAUAUAUCACGUCUGCUGAUUCAACCACCAGUUCACUGCCUUUUUUUAUUAGUUUUUUUUGUCGACAGACGGAACCUCCCCGAGCCCCCUCGUGAUCAAAGCGUCGGCAUGUGUGUCGCCCCCUCGUGGUACACGCGGGGGCGCCGGCGUGUGUGGCGAAAGGUAAAUGCAUCGGAUGUGGAACGAAUCAGGAAUACUGACUUAUUUUCCCAGUUCACGGAGAAGCAUCCUUCUUUUUUAAACAGCGUGGCAACCCUAUAACAUUUUUAUUUUGUUUUUUAUUUCUCGUCCUUCUUUUUUCUUUUUUUCUUUUUUUUUUUUUGGGAUCUAAAAGUUGUGACCGGUGCGGGGCAGAGCAUCCCCCUUCACUCAAAAUGACUGUUAUAUGGACAUUUUAGAAUUCUACAUUCCUACAUUCCCCCCCCCCCCCCAAAUUUCAAGUAUUUUGUCAUGUAUAGAAAAGUGAAAAAUCGAGGAGGGGAGGUGGAAAAUGAGCAAUGUCUUUGUUCAUGCGUUUCAAUUUUUUUUUUUUCUUGGCUUCAACGACAUUCAAGCUUCAUGAGUAUUGCAGCGUUCACAUUUCAGAGUUUAUGAUGCAAAGGUUGUGUACAAAAUGUGAGCUUUUUAUCUGCAAAACUGUCUCUGUAAAUAUGUUUUGGCCAAUAUUUUUGGUUCUCUUUAUUUUGCUAUUGUUUGAGGAUGUUAAUGGUUUUAUUGUAACUUUUAAUAAGGGUAAAUAAAUGUUCGAUCCCCUC